AUGUCUGAAAGAGUUAAAGUAGCAGUUCGACUUCGUCCUUUAAUUGAAGAGGAAUUAAUUUGUAAAGACAAAUCCAUUUGUGUUGAAACUAUUGAUCCAAAUAAAAAACUAAUCAUCAGUACAUAUUUCCAAAUAUAAUUAGUUAAAAAGGAUUUUGAGAAAAGGUAAUUUCAAUUUGACUCUGUAUUUGAUUCAAAAGCAACAUAAAAUUAAGUUUAUAAUGAUAUUGCAAGAGGAGUUGUUGGAGUAAACUUAUAAUCUAUAAUAAAUUUAGAGUGUAAUCAAAGGCUUUAAUGGUACUAUAUUUUGUUAUGGUUAAACUGGAACAGGUAAAACAUAUACAAUGAUGGGUAAACUUGAUUCUGAUGAGAAGGGAAUCACUCCUCGUACUUUUGAAUAAAUAUUUAAUGAAAUAUAAGCUGACACUAAUAACAUAUAUACUGUGUAAUUGGGUUAUUUAUAAAUAUAUAUGGAGAUGGUAUUGUUUAGAUAAUAAAUUUAGUUACUUGAUUUAAUAAGACCUGAUAAUUAAGAUGUGAAAAUAAGAGAAUGUCCAGAUAAUGGUGUAUUUGUAUCAGGAUUAGAAUGGAUGGAAGUUGAAUCACCUUAAGAAUGUCUAAGUAUUAUGAAUUUUGCAGAAAAAAAUAAAGUAGUUGCAUUCACUAAUUUAAAUGCUCAUUCAUCUAGAUCUCAUUCUAUGCUUGUAAUCAAAAUAGAGAAGAAAUAAUCUAAAUAACAUUCAAGAUCUAUGACCAUUUCAAAAAAACCAAGUUCCAAAUUAUAAAACUAUUCUUAAGAUAUGAUAACAGAAACUGAUGAAAGUAUAUUAUCAUCAGGUAAUUGUGUUGGAACAUUAUAUCUUGUUGAUUUAGCAGGAAGUGAAAGAAUCAAAAAAUCAAGAGCUACAGGAGAUCGUCUUAGUGAAGCUAGAUCUAUCAAUUAUUCACUUACAGCUUUAGGAAAAUGUAUUCAUGCUUUGACUGGUCCAAAAUCUACAUUUGUUCCAUUUAGAGAUUCUAAAUUAACUAGAAUUCUAUAAGAUGCUCUUGGUGGUAAUUGUAAAACUGCAUUAAUUGUGAAUAUUGGUCCUGCUGGUAGACAUGUUGAAGAAACUCUAUCUAGUCUUACUUUUGGAAUGAGAGCUAUGAAAGUUACAAAUACUCCAUAAAUUAAUUAAAAUGUUGAUUAUGAAGUAAGAAUUAAUACAUAUUCUUUUUAUAGUAAUUAAGUUUAUAACUAAAAAUGGAAAUAGAAAUGAAAGAUGAGAUCAUAUAAAAAUUGGAAUAAUAAUAAAUCAAAUAUCUCUAAUAAGUAAGAAUGGAAUCUAGUAACAGUAAUCUUAGUAGUUCAGAUCAUCAAUAUAAAGUUAAAUUAGAAAAAGCUGAAGAAGAACAUAAAGCAUUUUUGGAAGAAAUAGACAAUAUGAUGGUAGAAUAAGAAUAAGAAAAUGAAGAACUUAAAAAACAAUUAGGUUAAGUUAUGUAAGAAUUGGAAGAUUACAAAAAUAGAGAACAAUCUUUAGAAUAAGAUAUAGAGGAGUUUAAGAAUGUUUAGUAGUAAUUAGAGAAUGAAUUAGAGGAANAUGGUAUUGUUUAGAUAAUAAAUUUAGUUACUUGAUUUAAUAAGACCUGAUAAUUAAGAUGUGAAAAUAAGAGAAUGUCCAGAUAAUGGUGUAUUUGUAUCAGGAUUAGAAUGGAUGGAAGUUGAAUCACCUUAAGAAUGUCUAAGUAUUAUGAAUUUUGCAGAAAAAAAUAAAGUAGUUGCAUUCACUAAUUUAAAUGCUCAUUCAUCUAGAUCUCAUUCUAUGCUUGUAAUCAAAAUAGAGAAGAAAUAAUCUAAAUAACAUUCAAGAUCUAUGACCAUUUCAAAAAAACCAAGUUCCAAAUUAUAAAACUAUUCUUAAGAUAUGAUAACAGAAACUGAUGAAAGUAUAUUAUCAUCAGGUAAUUGUGUUGGAACAUUAUAUCUUGUUGAUUUAGCAGGAAGUGAAAGAAUCAAAAAAUCAAGAGCUACAGGAGAUCGUCUUAGUGAAGCUAGAUCUAUCAAUUAUUCACUUACAGCUUUAGGAAAAUGUAUUCAUGCUUUGACUGGUCCAAAAUCUACAUUUGUUCCAUUUAGAGAUUCUAAAUUAACUAGAAUUCUAUAAGAUGCUCUUGGUGGUAAUUGUAAAACUGCAUUAAUUGUGAAUAUUGGUCCUGCUGGUAGACAUGUUGAAGAAACUCUAUCUAGUCUUACUUUUGGAAUGAGAGCUAUGAAAGUUACAAAUACUCCAUAAAUUAAUUAAAAUGUUGAUUAUGAAGUAAGAAUUAAUAUAUAUUCUUUUUAUAGUAAUUAAGUUUAUAACUUAAAAUGGAAAUUGAAAUGAAAGAUGAAAUCAUUAAAAAAUUGGAAUAAUAAUAAGUCAAGUUGCUUUAAUAGGUUAGAAUGGAACCCAGUAAUAGUAAUCUUAGUAGUUCAGAACAUCAAUAUAAAGCUAAAUUAGAAAAAGCUGAAGAAGAACAUAAAGCAUUUCUGGAAGAAAUUGAUAAUAUGAUGGUAGAAUAAGAAUAAGAAAAUGAAGAAUUAAAAAAACAAUUGGCUCAUGUCAUGUUAGAAUUAGAAGAUUCUAAAAAUAGGGAACAAAGUUUAGAAUAAGAAAUAGAAGAGUUUAAAAAUGUACAAUAGUAAUUAGAGAAUGAAUUAGAAGAAGCUUUAACAAAUGUAAUAAAUUUAUAUUAAUAAAAAUAGAAAAAUGAAUUGUCUGAUACUAUUAAUCAAUUACAAUAGAAAUUAGAAAUGAAGGAUAAAGAAAUUUAAGAAUUAAAGUAAUCUACUGUUUUAUCGACUAAAAAUAAUGAUAUUAUUAAAAUAUCAAAAGAAAAAUAAAAUUAAAUGUGGAGAUCUGAAUUAUAAUAGAUAACUUCAUAAUAUGCAAAUAAAUUAGAAGAAGUAAAAAGGUUAGAGUUUUAAUAAUAAGAAAAAGAAAAUAAUAAUAUAUUAGAGUAUAGAUAAAGAAAUGAAGAACUUAUUUUAUAAGUUAAAUAAUAUAAAUAUGAAUUAUCUUAAUGGAAAGAAUAAGAAUAAUAAUUAAUAUUAAGUAAUUAACAACUUGAUGAAUGUAUACAAGAAUAAAAAGUAGUAUUCUAAUAAGAGUAAUCUAAACUAUAAAUUUAAAUUAAAGAUCUAGAAACAGUCAAUAAUGAAAUUACUAAAAGGCUUGAAUAAUAUGAAAUUAAAUUAAAAAAAUAAAAGGAGCAUUAAGAAUAGAAUGAAUUUGUAUAUCAAUAAGAAUUAGAAAUGAAAAAUGAACAUCUUAAUAAAGUAUAAAUAGAAUAUCAAGAAAUUUAAAAAUAAAUUAAUUUGAUUAAGGAUUAAUAUUCUACUAUAUAGACUAUUAAUUAGUAAAAACUUAAGUAAUUGAAUCAUGAAAAUUAAAUGCUUAUAAAUAAAAAUGCUGAUUAUUAAUUAUAAGUCUAAUAAUUAAUUGAAAAACAUAAUGAACUUUUAGUAUAAAUAUAAUAAGGGAAAAAUUCACAAUAUAAUAAUUACAAUUAAUAUUUAAAUAAUUCUAAAUAUGAAUACUAAACAAAUUAAUCAUAUGUAAAUGAACAAAAUUUUGAUAUUGAAUUGAAAAAAUCAAUUACAGUUUCUGGUGUUAAUGAAGGUUAAAUAGUUUUUGAAAUGUAAUUUAGAAUUCAAUAAUUAGAAGAUUAUAUUGAUUAAUUAUAAUCUUAAUUAAAAUAAAAAGAAAAUAUUAUUGAUGAACUUCUAUUAAAAGGUUCUCAAUCAUAAAAAGAGGCAGAUAAACUUAAAUUAUAAUUGGAAUCAUUCUCUAAAAGAUCUUAAUAAUCAUUAUAAAGAAUGGAAGAAACAAUGUGUUAAGAAGUUGUAAGAAGUGUCUUAGAAAAGAUGAUAUUUUAAGUAGAAUUGAAUUCUUUUGAAUCAGAUGAUAUUAGUAGUCGUGCUCCAGAUAGUGAUCUGAAAUUAUAAAUGAAAUCAUUUUCUAAAUAAGAUAAUGCUUAAUUAGUUGAAAGUUUAUUUAUAAAUUCUAGACGAAGUUAACAUAAUGCAAUUGUUGAAUGUGAUGAAGAAGAAGAUAAUUCAUCAGAAAUUGAUUAUUAAUUACCAAAAUUUAGUUAAUCUGGCAAAAAGAUAUAAUAAAAAUUAAGAAUGUCAAAAAGUAGAUAAGAUUCAGUAUUCUCAUUUAGUGAAAAAUAAUAAAAAAAAGAAUCUGUAUCUCUUUAUGAUGAUUUAAGUGAAAUUAAUUAAUAAUUUGAUGCAUAAAGUCCAAGAUCAUAAUUAGAUGAGAUACAAUUUUAAAUUGAUUUUAAUGAUGCAAAUGCAGUAGAUAAAUUUAUGUCAUAAAUCAAAAAAAAAUAAGUGUCUCUACUUCAAAAUAAUGAUUUAUCUGUAGGUUCAAUAUAAUAGGCACAUAGUCCAUAAUAUAUAGAAAGUUUAAGUGAAAAGAAAUUAAAAUCAAAUUCGAAGUAAAUAUUAUAUUGAUAAUAGAAUUGCAAAUGAUGAAUUAUAAGAAGUUAUUAAAGUGAUGGCAUAAAUGUUAGUUGAAAAAAGUAAGACUGAAUAUACAGUAACUAGUAAUACAAUGGAAACUUUAAGAGCUUCAUUAUUAGAUUUUAAUAAUUUAUGCAAUACUUUAACAACCUAUUUUUUGUGA